AUGCCAAGCUUAAGUUGGGCGCUGGGUAAGGUUCAUGACCAGGAUAGUGAGGCGACAUGCCAUUUAUGGGCAGACGUAGGAUCAGCCUCAUACAGCCUAGGAAAUUACAUCCAAGCCGACUCCCAAUCAGUCCCAGAUGGCAAUGGCGAUAGCAAUGGAUCGCCAUUGUGGACGAUGCAGCACGACUGGAGGUGGAUUUCUCGGUGGAGAUGGCUGCGCUGUCAGCUACCCACUAGAGCAUCUCGCCUCGCGGGCAAGUUUGCGGCUGGCGGGGCCGCGGUGAUUAGCUCCAGUGCUAGAGGUGCCGGGGGGACGAGGGAGCAUGUCAAAGAGAAGCAGAGGGAGGUUUCAAGGGAUUCCCUGGGAAGCGCAGUGUACGGAGGGAGUACUCUGUGCGCAGCCGCAACGGCAGCUGGCAGCAGGCAGCCUAUCGCAUUCAUCUCCCUUACAUCGGUGGGAGAGCGGCCCCAUCACAUCGCCAACAACAGCAGCAGCCUAGGCGCUUCAGCAUCAUCAGCAGCAGCAGCAUCAUCAGCAUCAGCAGCAGCAGCAUCAGCAGACCUGUAUCGUCAGCGAGCUGGCAUCAACCGGUCGACCGCAGCUGGAAGCAGUCGCCGCCGCCGCCGCCGCCGCAGCAGCAGCAGAGCAGUGCAUAGUGAGGCGGCCGGCGAUCGAUGUUGGCCAGGGAUUCUCCUGCCUCGUGUCGUGCUGCGUGCGGGUGGCUUCGCCCUCGCCUUGGUCGGCCCCUGCAAGGAUUCCCCAGCGGUGAUUUGGCAGCGCACCGCAGCGCAUGGCCAUGGCCUCAUGGCCGUCUCUCAUUCUGGGCUCCACUGGACUGGGAAUGGACUGGGAAAAAGCUGA